GACCUCCGGAACGAAUUAAGUACUUAACCCGAGGUACCACUGUAUUUUAAAAAGCUUGUUUCUGGUCAUCAAGCACAAGGGUCACAUUGAUCAAGAAAUACUUAAAGUAUGAAUUAUUAUGUAAUUGUAUUUUGUAUAAAUUAUAACAGUUAUAAAUAAAACAUGUUCUAUUUACAAACAAAACAUUUAAAUAGCUACCUUUCUACUGGUAGGCUGGGGGGUGGGACACAAGAAGCAAACCAGGUUGGAAGGGGGCCACGGAACAAGGUUGAGAAACACUGCUCCUACCCCCCCCCUUAACAAAUGGCAAUUCCUGGCCGGGCAUUUUGUGGUUCACCUCUGGCAGCAAAGUGUCUUGGGCUGACCCUCUCCCCUUGUUUUGGCAUGAAGGGGAGAUUCUCAGUCCUUAUAAGCCAUGGACAUAGCCAAGGGGGGCAGCUGCCCCCCCCCCAAAUCAAUAUAAAUCAAUACACAUCUGAGGUUCUGGCCCUCCUAGCAAAAGCCUGCCCCGCCAACAACAAUCCUGGGUACGCCCAUGUUAUGAGCUCUGUGAGUAGCCUGACUGCAGCUGAUUCACUUAAUGUCCCAGAUAAGCCUUAGUAGCUGUGCCUUCAGGAGGCUUAGUUCACUGACUUCCUCCCCUGCCCUCCUCUUGUGUGUUUUGCCUCACAGAUGUGUUGACUUGAAGUACCUGUCAUACAAGAGGAAGGAAGCAAAGACAGAUGAGACAGAUGCCAAAGGCUUCUUGGGGGUCUCAGACCAGCUCCUCUUCUCUGUCUUGGACUAAUAUUCACAGCAAGGGGAAAGUCAUAUAGGAAGGAGAAAGAAAAGGCAGGUGGGGCGGAUGGUGAUGGCUCCUUGUGGUCUCAGACCAGCUCCACUUUUCUGUCUUGGACUAAUAUUCACAGCAGGGAUGAUCUACCGAUUCCUAUCCUUUGACCACUUCAGAGACAAACUUGUGCCUCCAUCCCCUGUGGGUGCCAAGCCAGGCCCAACUCCUUUAACAGAGUCUCCAGAACUGCAGGCACUGCUCCAGCUGCUCCAAUGGCCAGCUCCACCUGAGAAUGCUGCAGCCUUUGCUUCCUCCACCAGUGCUGAGAAGAGCCACUACCGACUCUUGCAGUCCCAGAGCAACUACACAGUGGGUAACAUGCUCCUGGUGUCGCUGGAGGCCCGGGACCAGAGUGGGCAGCCAAAGCACUACGGCGGAGACUUCUUGAGGGCCAAAUUGCAUUCCCCAGAGCUGAAGGCGAGUGUGGCAGGGACAGUGGAGGACCACAACAAUGGCACCUACACACUGACUUUCCCGCUUCUGUGGGCAGGUGCGGCGCAGGUGUCUGUGCGUCUCAUCCACUCCAGUGAGACUGUGGCCCUCCUUCGGCGCAUCCGUGACUCCCAUCCCUCCACAGUCACUUUCAGGGGCUACUUUGUGGACCCAGGCCAGGGGAGCAAAGAAGAAGUGACUGAAUGCAACGUGCAUCCAGUCUCAGGCCCAACCUGCCAGUACGUGGAUCCUGGCACUGGGGAGCGCUGGUUUUGUGCCAGGCCCCAGCAUCACUCCUGCAAUGACCUUGUGUACCACUCUACUGGGAUCUACAAAAAUGUGCUCUCCUCAGCAGAGAAAGUCUUCCUUAGUGGAGCUGCUACAGACCGGAUUAUUCCAGGGAGUGUGCCCAUCAUCCAAGUUCUGCCUAGCCACCAGCUGACUGUUGCCACCUCCCCACCGCUCCCAUGCCAUCCAGGACUUGCCCUCACCAACCCUUCAGGUUUCUACUACAAGGAUGUGUGGGUUUCCUUGGGAUGUUCUAGCCGGACCUUCCCUACUUCUGACUUGGCACUCGGCUGCUUGCGAGGCAAGAUAGUCCAUAUGAUUGGAGACUCCACACUACGCCAGUGGUGGGAAUUCCUGCUGGCCUUCAUUCCAUGUAAGUCACUGUCUGGGUGUGGAAAGGGCAUUGAUUUGGGGGACAGAAUGACUGGAGUGUGGAGCUAUCCAUUUGGGACUCUAACUCUUGAGUCUCUCACACACUCUGUCUUUCUCUUUCACUGUGUAGCAGUCAAGCAGAUAGACCUUCACGUGACCUAUAAGUCUGGCCCACUGCUGGCUGUGGAGCCAGCACAGGGCCUUGUGCUGAGGUGGCGUGCCCACGGCAUUCCGCUGCGCACCGCGAAGUCCAAGAUGGCUGACAUGCACUACUUGGCCAAUGAGCUGGAUGCACUUGGUGGGGGCCCGGACAUGGUGGUAGUUUUCACGCUCUGGGCCCAUUUCACCACCUUCCCAGUGGAUGUAUAUGUGCGGCGGGUGCACGGCAUUCGGCAGGCUGUGGCUCAGCUCCUGGCCCGCAGCCCCCAGACCACCGUUGUCAUCAAAUCAGCCAACACAGGAUUCAAGUCUGUCUAUGGCAGUGAUUGGCUCUCCCUGCAGCUGGACAACAUCCUUCGUGCCAUGUUUGCUGGCAUGAAAGUGGCCAUUGUUGAUGCCUGGGCCAUGACCUCCUGCCACUACCUGCCUGGUAACAUCCAUCCUGGCAAGGUAAUUGUCCAGAAUGAGGUCAACGCCUUCCUCUCCUAUGUCUGUCCAGGGAAGUGACUCAGAAUGGAGCGGUCUUGGUACAGCAGAAAUAGAGCACAUGGAAAAUUCCACAAUGAUGAGGGAUCUUCAGAGAGCACCUUGACAUGUUCAGGGGGGAGGUUGGUGGCUAGAGCAACUUCUCAGCAACCAAGUUGCAGUGGGUGUUAGAUGG